ACGUGACAGAGAAACUUGCCUCUGAUUGGUCUGCUUUAGCUUCCGUCUACUAGGUGUACUGAGGAGAAAAUGGCUGCUAUGGCUGGUGUUGCUGUUUCCUUUGUUUAGAACUUUAAAUACAAAAUUAUUGAGAAUACUGUUGUGUACUUAGUUAAAAUGCCGAGUGCAACAUUUACUUCAUCCCGUUCAUAUGUUAGACGAUCCCGAAGAAAAGGUGCUAAUAGAAUUCCUCUCCCAUCCAGAACGAGUUCGGUGGAACCAUGUGAACCACCAUGCCCGCCUAUGCCCAAUGCCAACGAGAUGAUGAACGCACAUCCAGCCAGUGCCAGUACAAGUGGUGCAUCCACCUCCAGUAGCAGUGGUGCCAGCUCUCCUUCGGCUCCUCCGCCUUGUCACCAUCCCCCAUAUGACUUACGUCGCAAGUCACCGCCCUACCCCUCCACUAGCUCUCCCCCUGCCAGCUACACCCAUGCUUACACCAUGCUGCCCGCACGCAAACGUCCCCGUCGCAGUUGUUCGGCUACCAGUGAAAAUGUCUCAGGAUGUGGUACACCAGCUGCUCACUACCUCCAAUACGAACUACCUGAUGAGGUUCUGCUUACGAUAUUCAGCUAUCUGCUGGAACAGGACCUCUGUCGUGUCAGUCAGGUCUGCAAGCGCUUCCAUGGCAUCUCCAAUGACAACGAACUGUGGAAAACACUAUAUCACAAUGUGUACGAGUAUGAUCUGCCGCUGUUCAACCCUGCACAGUGUCGGUUUGAGUUUGUUCCGGCAGAAGAGAGUGAACACGCCAACCCAUGGAAGGAGAGUUUCAGACAUCUCUACCGUGGCGUGCACGUGAGACCAGGCUACCAGAACACACUGCACCAGGGUCGGCGCAUUGCGCAUUUUGACACAGUACAGGGUGCGCUUGAACACGUUGACAGUUUCGCUGGCAGUGCGCUCAUUUUCCUCCAUGCUGGUACCUAUCGGGGCGAGUUUCUUGUCAUCGAUUCCGAUGUUUCACUAAUUGGAGCUGCACCAGGAAAUGUUGCAGAAUCAGUUAUUCUAGAGAGAGAAUCAGAAUCCACAGUGAUGUUUGUGGAGGGUGCUAAGAACGCUUACGCCGGCCACUUGACGUUAAAGUUCUCGCCAGACGUAGCAUCUAAUGUUCCACACAACAAACAUUACUGUCUAGAAGUUGGCGAGAAUUGUAGUCCCACGAUUGAUCAUUGUAUCAUCCGCAGCUCUUCAGUUGUGGGUGCUGCUGUGUGUGUGACGGGUACUGGUGCAUCGCCCACCAUCAAACAUUGUGACAUCAGUGACUGUGAGAAUGUGGGCCUGUAUGUAACCGACUACGCUCAGGGAACAUAUGAGGACAACGAGAUAUCACGCAAUGCACUUGCUGGCAUCUGGGUUAAGAACUAUGCCAAUCCGAUCAUGAGGCGCAACCACAUCCAUCAUGGUCGCGAUGUCGGGAUAUUCACAUUCGACAAUGGUCUAGUAAGUUCAAACUGUGCUAUGGAUGUGCAUUUUCUACAUUUGAACCCAAGUACUCUCUUUGUAUUAAAUAAUGAGGACAAGGACUACUGUCCUAGUGACACUGAACCCUCCACUGACCAUUCCAAACCUAAAUUAGGAAUGAAACAAAGAGGCCGUAGAGAAAGAGGAAGAGGUUUCUCUGCCUCGACUCCGGAAAAAAAGAAACCUAUCCGUCUCAAAUAUUACAGGACUGGGAGUAACCCUAUAAUAAGAGGGAAUAAGAUAUGGGGAGGCCAGAAUGGAGGAGUGCUGGUGUACAAUGGUGGUCUGGGCCUGUUGGAGCAAAAUGAGAUCUUUGACAACGCAAUGGCCGGUGUUUGGAUUAAAACUGACUCUAAUCCCACUCUCAAGAGAAACAAGAUUUUUGAUGGUCGAGAUGGUGGAAUUUGUAUUUUUAAUGGAGGCAAAGGUGUACUAGAAGAAAAUGAUAUAUUUCGUAACGCUCAAGCUGGAGUACUUAUAUCCACCCAGAGUCAUCCUAUACUCAGGAGAAAUCGUAUAUUUGAUGGUCUAGCUGCAGGUGUGGAGAUAACCAACAAUGCCACUGCCACCUUAGAAGAUAACCAGAUAUUCAACAACCGGUUUGGUGGUCUUUGUCUUGCCAGUGGCGUGCAGCCUAUCACAAGACUUAACAAAAUAUUCAGUAACCAAGAUGCUGUAGAAAAGGCUGUGAGAAAUGGCCAGUGUCUGUACAAGAUCUCUAGUUAUACAUCCUUCCCUAUGCAUGAUUUCUACCGCUGCCAAACAUGCAACACAACAGACCGCAAUGCCAUCUGUGUCAAUUGCAUCAAAACAUGUCAUGCAGGCCAUGAUGUUGAGUUCAUCAGACAUGAUAGGUUUUUCUGUGAUUGUGGUGCCGGAACGCUGAGCAACCAGUGCCAGUUGCAGGGUGAGCCCACGCAAGAUACUGAUACUCUGUAUGACUCUGCUGCACCUAUGGAGUCUCAUACUCUCAUGGUCAACUAGAUUGCUCUUCAGUACAUCCACCAAGUGGUCUCCACCCUAGUUUAUUUUAUCACCUUGUAUUUUUUUAUCUUAUAAAUGUAUACAUAAUAUAUAUAUUUUGAACUCGUUUAUGUCAGAAUGGCAUGGUAAUUGUUAAUUAGUGAGUGCUAACGUAUCGUCGUUCAUGUAAAUACGAUAAUCACGUACCGUCAUAUUUAAAUGAAAUGUUAAGUUGUGUUUGUAUGUGUAUAUUUAGAUUGUAUUUAACUUGUAAUAUAUGUAUCUCGAUGUUUGGCACAAAAGUUUAUGGAAUCGUUGUGCCAAUGGACUUUUUUCUAUUUUAGGGCCUAUCUACUGUCAGAGGCUCUUGUAAGUGCCAUAAACUGUUUAGUCAUGGAGUUGACCAGGAAAUGGGUUCAGUUGUAAGUAGUCAUCACUCAAGACUUGAAUAAGAGGGAAAAAAGUGUUUUAUAAGUGAUGAAAACAUAUUCUACUAAAUUGCCAACAUAUAGUAACUAUAAUUUAAUUAUAGUUUUUAAAUAAUUAGUCUGACCAAUUAAUGAAUACGAGAUUACCAAAAGUAAUCUCAUCUUUCCUAAUAUAGUUAUACAUUUCUGAAUAUACUUCUACUUUGUUACUGUUGAACAUCACAUUAGCGAUACUUAUGUAAAAUGUCAAUUUAGAAGUAUAAAUAAGAUUUUUUACAAUAAAAUAUUUAUUUUUAGUUUGAUGAGAGUGAAAUAAAUAAAAGAUUAUGUUGAAAAUAGGGACGGGUCAGUUCUACUUUUUACAUUCAAUUAAUUGAAUUUAUAGUUUUGGUAAUAAUUCUAAAAAUAAAUAUCUGUUUUUAAUAAAUGUUGAAAUAUUAAAAUUAAAUCAAAGUACAACAAACAUUGAUGGUGUCAAUUACAUAUGAACAGCUCAUUGGGGAUGUAGUAAUGAUCAACCACAUUUGCCAAUUUAAAAGUUAGAAGUAAUACUAAUAAACUUACUAUGUAUUACUUUUGUUAGUAGCACAAUGUUGCUGGCUGUCAAGGCUGCAACAGGGGAAGUCGGAAGGGAGAGGAGAGGUUAUGUGUGUUCACACACUGUCAAGUUAACUGACAGAUUAUUGUGGGAGAGGGAUAGGUGGAGCUCUUUAGGUGUUAACCUAUACACACCUCUUUUGCUCUUAGAGCCUGGAACAGUGCGAACCAUCUCUGAAUUAUGUUAAAGCCAAAUAAUUAUUUUAUUUAUAUUUUGAAAAAAUUGUAUUGCAUAGGAUUACAUAGAUGAAUUGUGAAAGUAUUGUUUUAAUUAAUAUCUUAAUUCUAUUCAUUUUGGAGCACAAUGAAAUAACAUUAAACAUUAACUGAAAUUGAUGUAUUUGUGUUUUACAUUUAGCAACACUAUAUUUAAAAAUAUGUCUACUAUUGAAGUUAUAAUUUAAAAUGUUGUUUUUGAAAUAUAGUAAUUCUAUAAAGAUAAUAACUCAUUGGUAUAGUGGGGUCAUUGUGAAAUAACUAAAAUACAAUAUAGUGCUACAUGUACCCAUUUUCUCUAUUUGUACAUGUCGUUACGAUUUUGUUUUUUGUCCCACGUACAAUUGCUGUCUGUCUUUAUGAUGAAUCACAACAUCAUUCAUUGUGUUGCAUAACAUCACAUCAUGCCACCUAUGUUGUCAUUAUGUCCAUUCAUGGAAUUAUGCUGAUUCUCUAGAAGUUUUUUACACUAAGAAUUGAAACUGACCCGUCCCUGGUUGAAAUUAUAUUAGAUUUUUUAUUUACCAAAUAUUUAUACAUCAAUAUUGUUUAGUUGUACUGGAAUCCUUGUUAUUUGUUUAGUUGGAAUGUGAAUGUGUAUUGUGUUGAUGAGCUUUAACUCAAUGUUUGUGUAUACACUGUAUAUAAUAGUUGUACUGCAUACAGUAAUCUUUAGAUUAUAAUUUUUGGUUUAUUACUGCUGUAAAUUAAGAGGCCGGCACUCACCGCUAAGAUCGUUCAAAAAUCCAUAACCUUAGUGCUUUCUUUUCAUAUUUAUCUAGAUUUGUAUUUGAUAAAACAAUCAUUUAUUUUGUUUAUUAAAUAGAAACGCCAUAAUUUUGGAAAAUUAUUGUAAUUUUUAUUUAAAGCUUUAACUGUCUCAUCUAGAGAUUAUUUUCAGUAAUACAAAAUAAAUUAUGUUUUUAUUUGAUUUACUUUUACAAGUACAAAGAUAUAAUCAGAUAAUUACUUCCAAAUGUUCCAAAACAACAAUAAUUAGUGCCAAAAUAUGGCAAAAAUUUACAUAACAAAUUACUAGACAAUUUGUUGUGUUUAAUCUAUCAACACUGCUGGAGGUUUCUGAGCCAAAGGUUGUCGUAGUUAUGUUUGGCAGAUUUUUUUUUUCCAGUUAGAUAGAAACAACUUUGCUUUCUGCAUAUACAGUGAAGCUCUGUUAUAACAUAUUCUCGCCGACAAAACCAAUACCAGCGUUAAGCGAGAGAAAAAAAAAGUAAACUCGGGGGGGUUUUAUGUGCUUUUUGUCUCUGAAGUCUUUUUUAAGGCAUUUAAAGACUAUUUAGUGCCUGGGGGACAUAUGUAGAGUAGUGAUGUGUCGUGGCUGAGACUUGAAUGCAUAGUAACUACAAUAAUGAUUCAGAAUUGUGAAUCGAUCUAGAGAUUUGACAAUUGAAUCUAUCGAAAUUCACUGUGUUACAUAUUAUUAUCACCUAAUAUGCAUUACCUAAAUUACUGAUUGUUUAAACAUGAUUUUGUCACACUUUCUGUUUCAAAAAGCUGCUCAUAAAUAACCUAAUUUAUAUAUUUAAGGUUAUUUAGAUAACUUUUUUUCAAUUCACAUUUUCUAUAUUUAUAUUCAUGCAUUGCCACAAGUCUGCAGUUUACUCGAGUACACGAUGGCUGAUUAUCAGCAACCUGAUGAUUAUUAAUUUUUUAAAUUCACAAUUUGUGUAGUUGUAUUAAUAUUUCAUCUGUGAAAUAUAUGUAUGUUUAUAUCUUUAUUAUUUUUUUGCAAUAUCUUAAAGAAUUAGUAAUGAAAAGUUGGGUGGUUGGUUAUGGCAGCGUAGUUGUGUUUUCAAUGAUAACGUGCUGUCACCUUCACGUCUAACAAAGUUAGUUCAAAACCCAUGAUUUGGAGGUACAAAAAACGUUAUAACUGAUCAAAAUGUACUAAAAUAUGUAUUGUACAAUUGGGAAACCUUAAAUGUAAGAAUUUUUGCAUUAAAAUAACAUUUUUUUUUUCGUGAAAUGUAAUUAAGAUGAUAAUGGAAAAAUAUUAUACACAAGAGAUGUUAUAAAAGGGUUUCACUGUAUUUGUAAAUGUCAAAGUAAAACAUAGUAAUUGUCUCAGAACAUUUACAAUAUAGAAAGAAAGAGUGUAACAAUAUGGUACAGAUACUUUUGUCUUUUCUAAAUUUCCCUCUCUGAGUCAAUGGACGUGCUAUUUUGUUAUAUGUAGUGGACUAUAAAUAUUCAAUUUUUUAUUAAUAUCUUGUUUAAGAAAAAGAAAAAUUUGCCUUUGUACUACAGAAGUAACAGUUCUAAAUCUUAAAUAUGUUGAUUAUAAAAAACCAAACUAAAUCCGAAAUUUUGAAAUGAAAAAUAUCUAUUCUUUUAUAUUACUAUAUAAAAACAUAAUUAUGCAGAAUUUAAAUGAUAAUUAAUCCUUCCUUCGUAAUUUUUAUUCUAUUUCUAAAAUGAAACUAAAAAUUUUAACUCAUCUUCUGUACAAUCAUGUUUUUGAAGAUGUGAUUUGUUACAUUUUAUAGUUUAGCAUUUAAUGGGUUAUUAAUGGUAAACAUUUAAUCAAAGUUAUUAAACCUC